CAGAUUCGCGGGAGGCUUUCCCACACUUUCCAGCGCUGCACCCCAAGGCAGCGGGCAGCCGGCGGCCCGGGGAGCAGCCCCAGCCCAAGGACACCUGCUUGGGAGGACGCUGCCUGCACCCCGGGGCCUCGCGUGACCGCGCUAUGCUUCCUGAAGGUAUCAAGUCCUGUUUACGCCUCUACCUGCUCUCCCUCUGCUGUCUGUAGACCCCCCGUUCCCCUUGAUCUUGAACUGGUAGCAGCUGCUCGGCCCACCACAGGCAACAGCGCUUCACGAGGAAACCAGCAAACCCCAAGGCCACAACCAUGUUCUGCACGAAGCUGAAAGAUCUCAAGAUCACAGGCGAGUGUCCUUUCUCCCUGCUGGCCCCAGGUCAGGUUCCUCAGGAGCCAGCAGAGAAGAUGGCCGGAAGCUUGGAAGGCUGCGAGACAACUUCAGCCAUCUGCCAGGAGGUCCCUGAGAAGCACGCACAGGGGAGCCUGCCUCAGAGGAAGACCAGCCGCAGCCGGGUCUACCUGCACACGCUGGCCGAGAGCCUUUGCAAACUGAUUUUCCCAGGGUUUGAACGGCUGAACCUUGCACUCCAGAGAACACUAGCAAAGCAUAAAAUAAAAGAAAGCAGGAAACCCUUGGAAAGAGAAGACUUUGAAAAGACAAUAGCUGAACAGGCAAUUGUAGCAGGGGUUCCAGUGGAAGCCAUCAGAGUUUCUCUGGGAGAAGAGCUUUUCAAGCUGUGCUAUGAGGAGGACCAGCACAUCCUGGGCGUGGUGGGCGGAACCCUGAAGGACUUUCUGAACAGCUUCAGCACCCUUCUGAAGCAAAGCAGCCACUGCCACGAUGUGGAGAAGGGGAGCGGGCUGGAAGACGCAUCCAUCCUCUGCCUGGAGAAAGAUCACGAGUUUUUAAAUGUUUACUAUUUCUUCCCCAAGAGGAUCACAUCUCUGAUUCUCCCAGGCAUCAUCAAGGCUGCUGCCCACAUAUUGUACGAAAGCGAAGUGGACGUCUCCCUCACGCCUCCUUGCUUCCGAAGCGACUGCACAGAGUUCGUCAACCAACCCUAUCUGCUGUACUCUGUCCAUGUGAAGAGCAUCAAGCCAUCCCUGUCUCCAGGCAAACCCCAGUCCUCACUGGUGAUCCCCACAUCACUGUUCUGCAAGACAUUCCCAUUCCACUUCAUGUUUGACCGGGACCUGACCAUCCUUCAACUCGGGAAUGGCAUCAGAAGGCUACUCAACAAGAGAGACCUGCAAGGAAAGCCAAACUUUGAGGAAUACUUUGAAAUUCUGACUCCCAAAAUCAACCAAACCUUUAGCGGGAUCAUGACAAUGUUGAACAUGCAGUUUGUCAUACGAGUGAGAAGGUGGGACAACUCUAUGAAGAAAUCUUCCAGGGUUAUGGAUCUCAAAGGCCAAAUGAUUUACAUUGUUGAAUCCAGUGCUAUUUUGUUCUUGGGGUCACCCUGUGUGGACAGAUUAGAAGAUUUCACAGGGCGUGGCCUCUACCUGUCUGACAUCCCAAUUCACAAUGCACUGAGAGAUGUGGUCUUGAUAGGAGAGCAAGCUCGAGCUCAGGAUGGCCUGAAGAAGAGGCUGGGGAAACUGAAAGCCACUCUUGAGCACGCCCACCACGCCCUGGAGGAGGAGAAGAAAAAGACAGUAGAUCUGCUCUGCUCCAUCUUUCCCUGUGAGGUGGCUCAACAACUGUGGCAAGGACAAGUUGUGCAAGCCAAGAAGUUCAGUAAUGUCACCAUGCUCUUCUCGGACAUUGUGGGGUUCACGGCCAUCUGCUCCCAGUGCUCACCUCUGCAAGUCAUCACGAUGCUCAAUGAGCUGUAUACUCGCUUUGACCAGCAGUGUGGAGAGCUGGAUGUCUACAAGGUGGAGACCAUUGGGGAUGCAUAUUGUGUCGCUGGGGGAUUACACAGAGAGAGUGACACCCAUGCCAUCCAGAUCGCCCUCAUGGCCCUGAAGAUGAUGGAGCUCUCCGAUGAAGUCAUGUCUCCCCAUGGAGAGCCUAUUAAGAUGCGAAUUGGACUGCAUUCUGGAUCCGUUUUUGCAGGAGUUGUUGGAGUUAAAAUGCCUCGUUACUGCCUUUUUGGAAACAAUGUCACUCUGGCUAACAAAUUUGAGUCCUGCAGUGUACCAAGGAAAAUCAACGUCAGUCCAACAACCUACAGAUUGCUCAAAGACUGCCCUGGCUUUGUGUUUACUCCUCGGUCGAGGGAAGAGCUUCCACCAAACUUCCCCAGUGAAAUUCCUGGAAUCUGCUAUUUUCUGGAUGCUUAUCAACAAGAAGGAAUGGAUUCAAAACUGUCCUUCCACAAGAACAAUGCUGAAGAUGGCAAUGCCAACUUUUUAGGCAAAGCUUCAGGGAUAGAUUAGUGAGGCAGAUGCUUGUGUGUUUGUAUUUGGGGUUUGACUCCUGUGAAGAUGCAGGGACCUCUGAAAGCACUUUAGGAUUCAGAAGGCUAAAGAGCAGUAUGAAAACUUCAGGAGCUAAGUCACAAUCUACUCUUCUGUGUAACAUGACAAUAACAUAAUCACUCAGUACUUCAGCCCUUCUGUUUAAAGAAAACAAACCUCACAGUACAACUUUGGGGGGCAUGUUUCUGUUCUAUGACAAUCACUAACUUCCGGCACCUAAAAUUCACACACUUGUACAUAUACCAGUUAGUUGUCCUCACAUGUAUAGCGCAAUGUAGCCCCCUGCUAGCUUCUGCCUUGGAAAAGCCCCUGAUUUUAUAGUGUGUUUGUAGCAGUGUCACCUUAAUAAAAGCCUUUGAAUAGUGACU